AAAAGUUUAAUUCCUGCAGUCCUGCUAGGCUACUACGACUACGAGACACCACCGGCAAUCGAACAAGUUGACUGGAACGGCUUCGAGAUGGAUCGGACGGUUCACGUUAACAGCUGCCGGUGUCUCGGACCAUCCUGUCCAUCCCUCUAUAGAGGAAGCCGUGUCCAGUUGUGAUCGAGACCCUUCGCAACGCCUCCCCUAACCGCCGGCCAAUUCGACCAGAGCCCAGCAGCCACUGCUCCGCCGCCACCCCGCCGCCUCCGGCGACCGCCGGACCCCGAGGAGGAGUAGGAGAGGGGAGAUCUCGCUCGCUCGAUCCAAGGAGGUGGGGACAAGAUGGUGAGCUCCUCGUCGCCGGUGGUGAAUGUGUACCCGCUCGCCAACUACACGUUCGGCACCAAGGAGCCCAAGAUGGAGAAGGACACCUCCGUCGCCGACCGCCUCGCCCGUAUGAAGGUCAACUACAUGAAAGAAGGAAUGCGCACAAGUGUUGAAGCAAUCCUAUUGGUGCAAGAGCACAACCACCCUCACAUACUGCUCCUGCAAAUUGGAAAUACAUUUUGCAAACUUCCUGGUGGACGGUUGAAGCCUGGAGAAAAUGAAAUUGAGGGUUUGAAAAGAAAGUUGUGCAGCAAACUUGCUGUGAACUCGCCUUCCUUUCCACCUAACUGGCAGAUUGGAGAGUGUGUUGCUGUGUGGUGGAGACCGAACUUUGAGACUGUGAUGUAUCCUUACUGCCCUCCACAUAUCACCAAGCCCAAGGAAUGCAAGAAACUUUUCAUUGUUCACCUGUCCGAAAGAGAGUAUUUUGCUGUUCCAAGGAAUUUGAAACUGCUUGCUGUCCCACUGUUUGAACUCUACGACAAUGUUCAGCGAUAUGGGCCUGUCAUCUCCACCAUCCCGCAGCAGCUUUCUAGGUUUCAGUUCAACAUGGUGAGCUCUUAGGGUGAUGACAUGACAGCUUAUGUGGCCAAGGCAGCUCUUCUGUUGACCUCUGUUGAGAACUUGAGAUGGAUCAUUGACAUGCUGAGCUAGCUGAUGAACGUACCCUGACUGAUUUUAUUUCAUUGUGCUGGAUUUUUUUAAUCUAGAUUACUACUAUCUAGACAUGUAUUUCUGAUUGUAUUUUUGUUGAAUAUUCUGUUAUAUGUUGCAUCCGAGGAGCAGAUCCAGUGUAGGACAUAUAUGUACACACCUGAUAGCUUUUUAUUUUUAUUUUUUUUAA